GGCAGUUUUAUAAUGAGACCCUAUGUGAAAUUGAAUUAGUGUAAUAUAACCUCAAAACAAACCGUGAGUGAUAUUUAGUGAAAUAAAAAUAUCCUUUGCCUUGGAAGUCAUGUAGAAUAAUUGAUUGAUAAAAAGCCUCUUGUUGACUGGGAGGGGCACAGUGCACGUGCAAGCAUGACGGAGCUACAAGCCACCCUGGAGUUUUCUGUGGAACUCAACAAGUUCUACAAUGUAGACCUCUUCCAGCGCGGGUAUUAUCAGAUACGCACAGCCCUUCAAACACCACCGAAAGUACCAUCGAAGAUAGAAAUAACUCUUCAGAAAUCACAAGAUAUUGGUUAUAAUAAAGCGCGACCCUACUUCAAAGAUGAGGACAAUGAGAUCCCUGCUCACGUGAUCAGCGAAUGGGCUGUGAGUCGCACAUUCCAGAUCCUGUAUCGCAACGAGGAUGUUGCCAUCAAUGACGUCAUCUUGUACAGAUUCCAUACGCUUGUCAAUAGCACAAAGUUGCUUGAAGAGCUUUCCAAGCUGGAGAUUAUGCUCAAUGUGGAACUGUGGUUCUCCGAGGAACACUGCUCGGCGGAGACCAUACAGGGCAAGGUGGAGUGUGUGAGUCAGCGGACAUUGAACCUGCACUUCAGCCCCACCAAGGGGCUGCACCACCACGCGCCGCUGCUCUUUGACUACUUUCACCUCUGCUGUGUGGAGAUCACCGUCCAUGGCACGCUGAUUGCCAUACACCAGCCUUUCCUAAGCGUACCAAAGCAGCCCCGCUCUGCGUGGUCGAGCCGCAAUCCAGAGCUGUCUACGCUGGAAACUGUGUAUUUUGGGGAUAGGCCAAUAUCUGCCGAUCCGGACCAGUGUUCACCGGUGAAUCUGCAUUCAGCCUGGUCAAUGCACCAUCAUAUAUGUAACCUACUGCUGUCAGCGUAUGAGAGUCUUCAAACCACCUUUGAGUUCUACCUCAAGGAUAUCUGCAGAUCUCAGUUCCAGCUUGAGCACAUCAACUGUCACCACAAGCUGGCACGUAUCAUGGACGGCAUCCAGGAGUUCGACAAUGAGGAGGAGCUGAUCCAGACGGGGACAAGGGACAUCACACAGCUGUGUGCAGCCAACGUGAUCCUCUGGACCCAGUUCCUGGAGACGGCCACCCUCGACCAGGGCAUCAUCUUUCAUCUGGCCAAGGAGCAUCACACCACACGAGUGAAGAGAAUGGCUGAAGGCUUUUUCACACAUGAGUACCAGAAAAAUGAAUGCCUGGCUUGUUACGAACCAAGUUUCCACGGACACACUGACCUGGCCGCCAUGGUUCGCAGUUCCAUGUACCUGCAGACGUUACCUCCUCUUGAUCUCGAGUGCCUGGACCUGGAUGGCGACUUCAACACGUUACCAGUCAUAUUCGAGGACAUCUACGAUGACCACCCUAUUGGGACAGACGCAACAGAUGGCAAGAGUUCAAGGUCCCAGUCGCUCUCUCCCAGUUUCGCUCAAAUGACUACGCCAGAUGCCCGCCAGAAGUCCAGGCGUAAAAAUAUCAUCAAGAACAUCCAACCACACACAUUCAAGCGUCCGUCCUCCUUCAAUCUCCAAGACGCAGAGAAUGCCAACGCUAAUGUAAAGAAAGACGUGACACUUGUGGGCUACAAGAAAACCUUUGCCUCUCCUAACGUCCAUAGUAAAGUGAUAGAGAAUUCGCUGGAGCUUGGAACAUUUAGCCCUUCAACUGCUAGCAGUAGUCCUUUGACUGCCAACAGCUCUGCCCCCAGACAGGGUCAGAUCAUGUCUAAUUCAGUGUCAUUGCCGUUGUUAGAACGGGACUGGAGUCGUGGUAGUGAAGGGACCUUACCCGAAUAUAUGCAGGUGGCGAGGCGGUCGUUACGUGCCAAGAAAAAGGACAAAGGUAAAAAGUCCAUUAUAACUGUCGAUUUUGGCGGCUCAGAUUCAAAUGUAAGUGUGGAAGGUGCUGCGCCUGCGUCCGCAGAAUUGCCAAGGAGAUUAAAAAGAGCCUACACUGACCCAGUUAGGCAUUCUUUGAAUCGUCCCCACAGUGAAAAUAUCACAGCCAGCGAUAUAAACGCGAAAAUGCACAAUUUAAGGAUACACGAUCUGCGAAGCAGUACGCCAAAGCAGUCAGACGUAUCGAGCAGCGAAGACAGUGGGUUUGUGGGGGACCAGAGUGUAAAGAGUGGAAUCAUGAGGGAUGGGGGAGCCAAUAACGAUGACAGUGAUACCGAGACUGAUGAUUCUGUUAAGAAGCACUUGGAUUUUCAGGAUGACCUACAUAGAAACUUAUCAAAUUUUCUGACAACAACUCUGGAUGACAAGGAUCUCCAUGACAGUGACAGGAGUGAUGAUGAAACUUGUGUGCAAAAUGGCUAUGAUGUAUGUAUGGAUGGUGGGAAUGAGCAGAAUCACGCAAAAAGUGAAAGCGGGGAAAAUUCACUGAAAAAUAGUGUAAUUUUGGAGAAAAAUGAUAGUUGCAAUGACACAAAGCUUGAUCGGGAGUCUAAGCAAGGGUUAACAGUAAGAGAUAUACUUAAAAAGAAUGCAAUGCUAUUGACUAGUCCAGGGUUAAAGUCCCCGAGCGUAGACUCUAGUAGAUAUCACUCAGUUCGAGAAAGUGCCAAUAUAACUAUUAUCAAUUGUGGUGCUGAAAACAGACGAGUUAAUAGCGUACCCAGAGACAGCAUGACGUCGCUAGAUAGUGGUAUAAGUCAGACAGGCACUCUGUCAAUAUCCACAAUAUCAUCAAAGGGGUCCACUGGAAUACAGGACCAGUCAACGCUGUAUUCUAAGGACACUGCAAGUAUCGAUGGACAUUCAGAUAAAGAGUUGGACAGAGAUGAAGUCACUGUUAUUGAACUCCUGAAAGAAGAGUACACACGCAGCUCUGUUCUGCCUUCUGAGUUUAAUCAGAGUGUCACAGACUUCAGCGAAUCUGGGGUGUCUGUUUCUGUAAUUUCCGUCCGAAAUAACCAAAAAGCGUCUAGUGAUUCCUAUUUACCGCAGUCAAUUGAACAUUUACAGGUAUCACAAGGUAGCCUGGACAAUAAGAAAUCUUCAGAGGUCAUGACCUCAUCUGCAUCGUUCCCAGACAUGUCACGCUUGGCUGAAUCACCAAAGAAAGACCAUCCGAAACUGGUGGAAAAAGUGCAACGAAAAACUAUUAAUUUCAUCGAAAUGAGGGAAAAUCUCAAAAGCAGGAUGAAAUAUCAGGGAAACUUGUACAGUCUUAUUGAGAACGGUGAAAAGCCAACAUUGGCUUCACAGAUUCCUUACUUUCACGUCCCAAACUCGACGGAUGAUGAAGACCAAAAAGGCUGUCAUCUUGUGGUCUGUGUGCAUGGACUAGAUGGUAACAGCGCAGAUCUUCGUCUUGUGAAGACAUACAUGGAGAUGUCACUGCCUGGUUACCGGCUCGAGUUCCUUAUGUCAGAGAGGAACCAGUCAGACACAUUCGCAGAUUUUGAUGUGAUGACAAAGCGACUUGUUGCAGAGGUUGUUAUUCACAUCGACAUGUACUCGCUGAAAGUUGCUCGUAUAAGUUUCAUCGGUCACUCUCUGGGCACUAUCAUCAUCAGGUCGGCGCUGACCCAUCAGGAUAUGUUCCCACUGCUGCCCAGGCUGCACACAUUCCUCUCCCUGUCUGGGCCUCACUUGGGGACUCUAUUCAACAGCAGCGGCCUCGUAAACAUGGGUAUGUGGUUCAUGCAGAAGUGGAAGAAGUCUGGCUCCCUGCUGCAGCUGUCUUUGAAGGACAGCACCGACCCCCGUGCCUCCUUCCUCUAUCAACUCAGUCAGAAACCAGGUCUAGAAUUUUUCAAGCAUGUACUACUGGUCGGUUCGUCUCAGGACCGUUACGUCCCAUACCAUUCCUCUCGCAUAGAGAUGUGCAAAGCGGCUCAAAGGGACAGCACUGGACUAGGUUCAGUGUACGGUGAAAUGGUCGCCAACAUUCUUACGCCUAUCGUAAACAACCCGAAAUGCAAGCUCAUCCGUUACGACGUAUUCCACGCCCUGCCCAGCACUGCAAACACCAUCAUUGGUAGAGCCGCACAUAUUGCCGUCUUAGACUCGGAAAUCUUCAUCGAAAAAUUCCUUAUGGUGUGCGGACUUAAGUACUUCAAGUAGACACGUUUUUCAUAAGAAUUAAGUUAUUCUGGUUUAGCUUUUCUGUGGACCUCUGUACUGUCCAUAGUCAAGUUUUUUUUAUGAUUCAAGUUCUACAAAUAUGUAUAUUGUCGAAGGAAAAUUUUCAAAUGUGCUAAUUUUACGACUCUUAUCUUAGACUAAAGUGACUUAGUUCAAGUUUCUCUUACUGAACUCAGUUACUAGAAACAGACAGGUUUUUCUGUGGACCUUAGUGACAAAAACAGGCGUGUUUUUGUCUGUGGACUCAUGGACUUCAAAAAAUUACCAGUAUAUUUCGUGUUGACAUAAAUAUUUUAAAGAUCAUGUUUUGUAUGCGGACCUAAGUGCUACAAUCAACCAAGUUUUGUAUGUGGACAUAACUACUACAACCAACAAAGGUUUGUCUGUUGGCUCAAGUACUUCAAACAGCCAUGUCCUUGUAUGGAUUGGAUAUUUGAAAAGCAAAUGUUAUGUAUAUUCAAAUACUUGCAAUAGCCUUUUUUUCUAUUGACACUAUAACAGUUAAUAGACAAAUGUUUGGAAACGUGCACAAUAAAUAGCCUGUCUCUAGACUAGGAAUAAGCAUAUAACAGUAGAAUCUCAAUUGUCGUUUCUGUUCUGUAAUUAUUGUUUAUGUCAUUAUUUAUAUUCGUUGCUGUAUUACAUUUUGUAGUGAAAAUCAUAAAAUGGGCAUUUCAUUACUUCUUGAAUAAUUAAAUAUUGUUGUAAUACAAGUAAGUGAUUAUUUAUAUUUUUCAAACAUGAGCAUUUCAUGCUAGCUUUCAAGUAUCAUUUUAAUGCCUCAUUUGCUACAAAAUGAAAAAUGAAUUGUAAUUUAUAAACUUAAUGUCAAAGGUAUUGACAUGUAGAUUAAAUCAAUUUAAAAUUGCUAGAAUCAAGUUGUAUAGCCACAAGUACAUGUAUCAGUUUCUCAAAGUCUUAGAAUCUCAUAAAACGCUAAUAUGGCUCAAUAUCAAACUGGUUUGUGUUCUGUUAUCUGAGAAUUCUGUGGGGAGAAAUUUAAAUCUGUUCAAAAAUAGAAGUUUUAAAGUUGUAAUCUAACAUUUUCUCUCCGUUUUCUCUCUGUAUUAGAUACUUAAGAAGAGAGAUUUUCAUGCAAUUGAUUGCUUUGAAAGCCUGGCAUGAAGGCUGGUAAUUUAUCAAGUUACACUUGCUUGAUUGAAGUGAGCUAUAAAACUGGUAUAACAUUUUAUCAUCAACAUACUAGUUGCAGGGACCUUAUAGGUUUUUAACCAGGUUUUCCGAAGGAAAAAACUGGUUAUUUGAUUGGCGAAUGCGGGCGGGCUGGCUGGCUGGCUGGCUGGCGGAAUAAGCUUGUCCGGACCAUAACUAUGUCGUUCAUUGUCAGAUUUUAAAAUCAUUUGGCACAUUUGUUCACCAUCAUUGGACGGUGUGUCGCGCGAAAUAAUUACGUCGAUAUCUCCAAGGUCAAGGUCACACUUUGAGUUCAAAGGUCAAAAAUGGCCAUAAAUGAGCUUGUCCGAGCCAUAACUAUGUCGUUCAUCGUCAGAUUUUAAAAUCAUUUGGCACAUUUGUUCACCAUCAUUGGACGGUGUGUCGCGCGAAAUAAUUACGUCGAUAUCUCCAAGGUCAAGGUCACACUUUGAGUUCAAAGGUCAAAAAUGGCCAUAAAUGAGCUUGUCCUGGCCAUAACUAUGUCAUUCAUUGUGAGAUUUUAAAAUCAUUUGGCACAUUUGUUCACCAUCAUGGGACGGUGUGUCCCACGAAAGAAUCACGUCAAUAUCUCCAAUGUCAAGGUCGCCACGACUAAAAAUAGAUUUAAAAAAAAAAAAAAAUUACAAAGGGGGUUAAUUUUUUUUGGUCAUUUCAAAAGUUCAGUUUGAGUUUUCUCCCUUUAUCAGAUUUUUUUUUCACAAUGAAAACCUGGUUUUGUGACAAUUUUGUCCCUUGUUGUGAAUUAUAUUAAAAAUGGGCCAUUAUUAUGUUAAUUUGUACACACAUAGUUGUUCAAACUGAUUGAUGUGCAGUGUUAAAAUUCACAAAUAAUAUGUCUGCUUUUAUUGGUGUUUAUUAAUGUGUGUAAUGGUAUUUGACAUGCUCAUGUUUAUGUGAUUAUUUUUCAAUUGAACCAAGUUCACAGUUGGAAUAUAAAAUGUGCUGAUUAAAAAAACAUGUUUUAUCUGACCUGACCAUGUACAUUGACAAAAUACAUUAGGGUAACUGUUUCAUUUGAAAGUAUGCACUAUUAUUAGUUGUAUGGGUACCAUGGAAGACGACUGAUCUGCCCUAUAGCUUUGUGUAGCAGUUUGUGUCCAUUAAGUAUUAGCAAAUGCCAAUAGAUUUUUGACACAUUAAACAUUUGUGUGCUCAUGUGUGUGGUCAUAUGUUUAUAAAUUGUUUUACAAUAUUUUGCAAGUAACAUAGUAUUAUAUAUUUUUCUUUAAACUUUGGUUUGUUUUCUUUAUGUUUGUUCUGUGACAUAUUCCUUCCUUUACCUAUUCCGUCAUGAUGUAUUCUUACAUCAAACCCUUUCAUAUCAUCUUUGAUUAUGUUAGUGCAAUUAACUUACAUGUAUUCCUAUUGUUUCUAAUACAUUCUUGAAUCAGAUCUUUUUUAGAUUCUGGUGCAGUGCAUGAUGAAUUAUUUUGUGAUAGUUACCAUAGUUUUGAAUGUAUAUUUAUUCGAACAUGUAGUUGUUAAUUUAAAUGGUCUCUAUUUUACUUCGUUCACAAGGACAUUUUGUUGUUUAUAUACUUAAAAUGACAAAAAUGCUUUACCAUGUAUUCUGUUAUGAUUUCUGCAAUGAUGCAUAAACAGAAGGUUUUUUGUUCCUUCAAGUUGAUUGACCCUAAUUUGUUCUUGAAUUAACUAAAUAAUUUGGAAGAUUAAUGCAUCAUGCCAUUGGAAAUUCAUAUUACAUUGAAAAUCAUUAAAAAUAAACGUGAACAACAGAAAUUUAAGCAGUUCUACUAACAAUGUACCUUUUUUUAUGCGAAGUUAUUGAAAAGAAAUGACCUAUUUUAAAGGGCCUUAUUCAAACCUUGAAAAAAAAAAGCAAACUGUCAGCUGUUUGUUACCAUUAGUGAAACAGGUGCAUGGAUAUUUCAAAUGACUGGGUAGCAAGUUGUUAUCAUAUAUACAUGAACUUGUUAAAUUGGUUUCCUCAUAAUUAUGCUUUCAAUUUAUUCAUUGUUAUGAAGCGUACCAUAAAAUACGUAGACAUUGGCAAGAAAGUACUUAAAUCGCAAAUGUAAAGAAAUCCUCAUUUUUAAAUGUGCUUUAUCAGACCAUGUUGAUUAAAAUUAAUGUAUGAACAGUUAUUACAUGUAUGUUGCAUUUUGGAGUUUUUAAAAUGUUAUUCAAUAUUUAAAUUAAGUUUUUAAGUUGUAGAAAACACACAAUUUGAUCAUUUACAGCCUCAUCCAUCUAGUCAGAAAUUGAACAUAUAUUUGGACCGUGCUCUGUGACAAGGGGGUUUACUGCAUGUGCAUAAAGUGUCAUCCCAGAUGAGCCUGUGCAGACUUCACAGGCUUAUCUAUGAGGACACUGUACGCACAUGCAUUUUACCACUUUUUCACAUUUUAUGGCACAUUUUAAUAAUCGGCUUUUAUUUGCCAAAACUGGAUAGCAAAAAUCUCAGUUAGGAGAAAAUUCUUUGAUUUUAUAAAAAAAAUAUCAGGAUGUUUCUUUGAAAUCUUUUUAAAUAGAAUAUAUUUUUGUAUGUUAAGAAUUAACUCAUUUGUUUGAAAAUAAGUAAUGUAUUUACAUUUUCAUACGACUUUCUUUAAGAGUUCCUCUCUGUUUUAAAAACAAUAGAGUUCCCCUUGCUCGUUAGAGCUGCCCUUUAUAUAACCAAAGUACUUCACUAUUUGGUAAAGGACUGCAUAACAUGGCUAUUGAUGAUAAUAUUACAUUAUAAUAUGUAAUCAUUUACUGAAAAUAUACUUUAAACUAUGUUAUUAGCGGCAUUAUGUAUUGUUUUGUCUGCAAAACAGAAGCAAACAAUUGUAUCAAAUAUCGUGCAAGUUCAUUUCCAUCCUGAUAGAUUCAUAAAUUUCAUACAUUUAGGAGUUCAAUUGUUUGUAGUCUUACAUUAUAAUAUGUAAUCAUUUACUGAAAAUAUACUUUAAACUAUAUCAUUAGCUAUAGCGGCAUUAUGUAUUGUUUUGGUCUGCAAAACAAAAGCAAACAAUUUUAUCAAAUAUCGUGCAUGUGCAUAUUCAUCCUGGUAGAUUCAUUGAAAUCAUACAUUUAGGAGUUCAAUUGUCCUUGGUAUUCUCACCAAUCUACAGGUAGAUUAAUUGAAAUCAUACAUUUAGGAGUUCAAUUGUCCUUGGUAUUCUCACCAAUCUACAGGUAGAUUCAUUGAAAUCAUACAUUUAGGAGUUCAAUUGUCCUUGGUAUUCUCACCAAUCUACAGGUAGAUUCAUUGAAAUCAUACAGUUAGGAGUUCAAUUGUCCUUGGUAUUCUCACCAAUCUACAGGUAGCACAUGCAUGAUUAUUUCCAAAUACACCAAUGUGGAAAUGUUGAUUUUGGUAUCAUUUAACUGAAACGUCUGCUCACUUUAUUUUAAUAAUUCUUUGUUACUUUGUUUGAAGUCAAAUUGUACCCCAUUAAAUAUUUUGUGUAUUAUUAUGACAUGUUGGAUAGAAGCAGCACAGCAUCCUUUCGGAAGUGUAUAAUUUAAUUAUUUUAAAAUUGGUUUUCAGCAUUCAUUAAAACAGUAUCAAACGUACGGCAUUACAUUUACUUAAAGAUUAUAGAUUUUCUCCAUUCUGGUUAUAAAUCGGUUACAGGUAUAGGAAGAUUUUUUAAUGCAAAUCUGUUCACUGUUUACCACUGAAUCACCAGUUUAUUUGUGUUUUUGUUUCUUUUUACUUGUUUAUUACCAUAUGUUAACAAAUGCCUCCGGCCAAAAAUAGAUGUCAAUAUAAUAAAACAAGUAUAUGAAACUAUAAGUAGACAAUCUCUGUCACAUUUACGUAUAAUGCAAAACAAUACAAAUUUAAUAAAAACAAUUUAUACAAAUUGUUACUGAAUUUUGAGAGUUAACACAACAAAGUUGACAUGCAUAACAAGGUUCUGGUUUUAUUGUUCCUUGCAUUUCAUUCUUUUAAAAGCUUUGUAUGCUCAGGAUAAAUUUUAUCUUAAUCUUAUUUCAAUAUAUGUGUCUUGUUCUGAGAAAACUGGGCUUAAUUCAUAUGUGUAAAGUGUUGUCCCCGAUUAGCCUGUGCAGUCCGCACAGGCUAAUCAGGGACGACACUUUCCGCUUUAAUGGUAUUUUUAGUUUCAAGGAAGUCCCUCCUUACCGAAAAUCAAGGCGGAAAGUGUCGUCCCUGAUAAGCCUGUGCGGACUGCACAGGCUUAUCUGGGACGACACUUAACGCACAUGAAUUAAGCCCAGUUUUCUCAGAACAAGACAUAUAUAUUUAUUAAAAUGAAGUCAAAUGCAUGAUACUUCAAGUCUCAGACACAUUCCAACAGUUAUUUUAUUUUGGUACUAGUAAAUAAUUAUUUCUGCCUAAUAUGACUGAUAACCUGAAAAUGUUGACAAAGCAAUUGUAUAUUUUUUGGUUGAAUUUCAAUUGUUUACUAAUUUUAUGCCUCCGGUAGGGUGGCAUAUAGCAGUUGAACUGUCUGUCUGUCCGUCUGUCUGUCUGUCAGUCUGUGCAUCCGUCCCAAACUUUAACAUUGGCCAUAACUUUUGCAAUUUUGAAGAUAGGAACUUGAUAUUUGGCAUGCAUGUGUAUCUCACGGAGCUGCACAUUUUGAGUGGUGAAGUGUCAAGGUCACUUCAAGGUAAAAAGUAACAAAUAAAUUCAAAGCGGUGCAGUAGGGGGCAUUGUGUUUCUGAUAAACACAUCUCUUGUUCUUUAUUAAGAAAACUUUACUUACGUUUAUUAUAAUAACAUCGAUUUAAAGUGUGAUACAUCAUUGUGCCAUUUUGUGUGAAAAUAAUCGAGUACACAGUGUUUAAAAAUUGAUACAAAUUAUCUGUUUAUCUUGAUAUUUACAUCCUCUACAAUCCUAACAUUUCCAUAGCAAAUUUGUCUUAAUGCCAAAAGUAACCCAAUGUCAAUGUAAUUUUUCAAGUUUUAAUGUUUUACACCCAGUUGCCUUGAUGUUAUGCAUGUAAAUAAUAACUUAGCCUCAAUUGCCUAUGAGAUCCAUUAAAGUAAGCCUUCCUCUUGGAAAACCAGGCUUAAUGCAUGAGCGUUAAGUAUUGCACAUGUUAAUCAGGCACGAUAGGUACCAGGCUCAAUGCAUGAGCGUUCAGUAUUGCACAUGUUAAUCAGGCACGAUAGGUACCGCUUUGGGACAAUUUUUUAAACCCUUUACCCUUUAUAAACGCAUUUUGCAUUUGAAGUCCUUUAGAAAAUCCAAUUAAAUUUAAGUCAUUUCUUAAUAUAUUGAAGUUUUAAAUACUUCAUUUCCAUCCCUUAGAUAAUGAUGAGUAGCAAACAGCAUAAAACCUGAACAGACUGCGAGUUUUAUGCUGGUUUCACUUUGCUUCUGAUGGGGAAAGUAUUAAAAGACGUCUCUUCUAAACCAUAAUCCAGUCAAGGUGAAAAGUAUUGUCCCAAAUGCAUUUAGUGCAGUUUUCUUAGAGCAAGGCUUGGUUAUACAUUAUUUGCUGAUCUGCGCCUCCUAGCUGUCACAAACCAUAUCGAAAAUAGUGUUGAGAAUGGAAAGUUACAAACUGAUUUUGCUUUCAAUGUUUUUUUGUUUCUUCUUUAAUUCAAUAACUGACCAUUUGGAUCGUUGACACAACGCAAUUUAUUACACUGGAAUUUGUUACCGAGAGAUGCCCGCAUCCGUUAAAAAUUCAUCUAAGAUUUUGUUAAAAGAAUUACUUUAGUUAGUGUAGUUUAGAUUGCAUCCAUAGACAACAGUGGUAAAUUUUGUAAUGUCUUUGAAUGUUUUUGUUCGCCAUAUACAUGUUAUGUAGUUGCUGAUAAGCAUUUGUUAUGCGUAGUUUUGGGAACGUAUUUAAUGUACACUUUGUAACAAUUAAUAAAAUACAAUGUAUUACUUAA